CCCACAGAGAUGCCCUGCAUCCAGGCGCAGUACGGCACGGCGGGCGCCGGCCCCUGCGAACGCUGCCCGACAGAGUUGCUGAGCCCCGACGGUGGCCGUUUCCCCAUGGAGGUGGCCGGAGCAGACCUGGCAGCCGCCCCUGCCCUGCCCAGCUUCAGCACCUUCAUGGAGGGCUACGCCGGCGAGUUCGACGCCUUCCUCUACCAGCUGCCGGCCGGCAGCCAGCCCACCGCCGCCGCUGCCUUCAAGCUGGAGGACUUCCAGGUGUACGGCUGCUACCCCGGUGCCUUUGGCGGGCAGCCAGAUGAGACCCUCUCCUCCAGCGGCUCGGACUGUUAUGGCAGCCCCUGCUCCGUCCCCUCGCCCGCCACGCCGGGCUUCCAACCGCCCCAAGCUCCGGGCUGGGAGGGCUCAUUUGGGGCGUACUCGCCCCCACCGAACUACGAUGGCGGGCGGCCCUGGGCUGAGCCGGCCAAGGGCGGUGGGUCGCAGCCCCCCUUCUUCACCUUCGGCCCCCCGGCACCCAGCCCUGGCGGGUCCCCCGGGACCCUGAAGGGGCAACCGGGCCCCUCGCCCCGCCUGGACCCACGGCUGCUGGACACGGACGCCUUUGCCCUGGCCCAGGGCUCCCCCGGGGGCUUUGCCGGGCUGCCCCUGGCCCCCGCCUCGCCGCUGCUGGAGGGGCCGGCGCUGGCCCCCACCAAGGCCCGCAGCCCCGGGGCGGGCGAGGGUCGCUGCGCCGUCUGCGGGGACAACGCCUCCUGCCAGCACUACGGCGUGCGCACCUGCGAGGGCUGCAAGGGCUUCUUCAAGCGCACGGUGCAGAAGAACGCCAAGUACAUCUGCCUGGCCAACAAGGACUGCCCCGUGGAUAAGCGGCGGAGGAACCGCUGCCAGUUCUGCCGCUUCCAGAAGUGCCUGGCCGUCGGCAUGGUCAAAGAAGUGGUCCGGACCGACAGCCUGAAGGGGCGGCGGGGCCGGCUGCCCUCCAAGCCCAAGCAGCCACCAGAUGCGUCCCCCGUCAGUCUCAUCACUUCCCUGGUGCGGGCGCACAUCGACUCCAUCCCCAGUGCCACCAAGCUCGACUACUCCAAGUUCCAGGAAUCGGUGCCGUGCCAGUUCGAGAAGGAGGACUCGGUGGACGUGCAGCAGUUUUACGACCUGCUCACUGGCUCCAUGGACGUCAUCCGCAAGUGGGCUGAGAAGAUCCAGGGCUUUGCUGAGCUGCCCAAGGAGGACCAGGACCUGCUGCUGGAGUCAGCCUUCCUCGAGCUCUUCAUCCUGCGCCUGGCGUAUCGCUCCAAGCCGGAGGAAGGGAAACUCAUCUUCUGCAACGGAGUGGUGCUGCACCGCCUGCAGUGCGUGCGGGGCUUCGGCGAGUGGAUCGAUGCCAUCCUCGAGUUCUCCCAGAGCCUGCACCGCAUGAACGUCGAUGUCCCCUCCUUCUCCUGCCUCGCCGCCCUUGUCAUCAUCACAGACCGCCAUGGGCUGAAGGAGCCGAAGCGGGUGGAGGAGUUGCAGAACCGCAUCGUGGGCUGCCUGAAGGACCAUGUGGCGGCCGCCGGGGCCGAGCAGGGCCGUCCCGGCUGCCUCUCCAAGCUGCUGGGCAAACUGCCCGAGCUGCGCAGCCUCUGCACCCAGGGCCUCCAGCGCAUCUUCUACCUGAAACUGGAGGACCUGGUGCCACCACCGCCCAUCGUCGACAAGAUCUUCAUGGACACACUGCCCUUCUGA